AUGCCAGCAGUUAGUAAAGGUGAUAAGCAUCGCGAUGAGAUAAGUACUGAAGUGGAAUAUGUCGAUCGAGGCCUUCAUUCAUUUCAAGAAAUAUCGCAUAUCUUUCACAGUGACAUAUUAACUCGUCUUACAUUGAGCCACAACAAAAUAACUUCUGUGCCAGCCAACAUCGCUGAUUUAUCUAAUUUACAAAUACUUAAUUUGUGGAAUAACCAAGUCGAAGAAUUGCCAACUUCCAUUUCAUCUCUCCAUAAGCUUCGAAUUUUAAAUCUCGGAAUGAAUCGCCUUAGCAUUUUACCUCGCGGUUUUGGUUCUUUUCAGUCGUUGGAAAUACUCGAUCUCACUUAUAAUAAUUUAUCUGAAAGAAGUUUACCGGGAAAUUUCUUUUUCAUUACAACCUUGCGAGCACUUUAUUUGGGCGACAACGAUUUCGAAUAUUUACCGUCUGAUGUAGAAAAUCUUUCGAGUUUACAGAUACUCGUACUGAGAGAGAAUGAUUUACUUGCACUGCCAAAGGAAAUUGCGAAACUGUAUCGCUUAAAAGAAUUGCACAUUCAGGGAAAUCGUAUGACUGUUUUACCACCAGAGAUUGCUUCACUUGAUCUCGUUGGACCUAAAAAAGUUCUUCGUUUGGAAAACAAUCCAUGGGUGCAACCAAUAGCAGAACAGCUUCAUAAAGGUCACCUUGCACUCAUGGAAUAUCUGCGAUCGGAUUCCUAUAAAUAUUUAUACGGUCGACAAGAAUCCGGUGCCAAUCCAGUGCCUCCUAAAUCUCGGAAUAAAGAAAAGAAGAUUUGCAGACAACAAACCAAACAAGGUUGCUAA